AUGAAUGCCUCUGAGAAACCCUCCAUAGAAAGACAAGCCCUUCAUCUGGCAGAUUCGUUUCGUCACCGGAGUACAUCUCAGGUUAUUCUAGAAUCUUUGAUCUAUGCCUCCAUUGCUGCGGUGGCAUUCAUUGGAAAUCUAGUUGUUCUCUACAUUGUGUACAAAAUACCAAGACUUAGAAACGUCCCAGGGCUGCUCGUGGCAUCCCUAGCCAUUUCAGACAUUGCCAUGGCAACUUUUGGGGCUCCGCCGUCUUUAGCAUCACUUAUUAGAGGGCGUUGGGUUUCGACUUUCGCAGUAUGUCAAUUUCAAGGAUUCGUUGUCAUAACAACGGUAGCUGCCUCUCUGCAGACCAUGGCUCUUAUGUCUGUCGAUCGAUACUUCCGCGUCGUUCAUCCAAUUAAUCACCGGAUAUUCUUCACCAUGUCUCGCGCACGGCUCAUGUCUGCGUCAGUCUGGAUCCUAGCUAUGAUGUACCCAGUCCCUUACCUUGCUUCUGGCAGGAAAUACAUUUUUCAUCCGGGAAAGUUUUUCUGCUUCCACGAAGUAAAAAUGUCUUUUGAAUCAUGUGUUAUUUACAUUUGUAUAUGCGUCUCCCUAGCUACUCUCUCUUUUUGUUAUUAUAACGUCUUCAAACAUCUUCGUUUGAAUAGAAACCGCGUUAGAAAUUUGCGAAAGGAAUUUUCCAGCAGGCACGAAAAAGAACGAAGAGUCUCCGCAGAAGACAUCAAAAUGACCCAAACUUUAUUCGUGACUGUUCUUGGAUAUUUAAUUUGUUGGACACCUGUACUUAUUAUCGAUUUUGUGGACAUGGCUUCUGAUGGCUGGUCCCUUCCUCGUAAGGUCUACGUCAUGUAUACCGAUAUCGGACUAAUAAGUUCUUCCCUGAAUCCUAUUAUAUAUGGUGCUUUAAAUCGAACAUUUCGGCGAGAAUACAAGAAGAUUUUCUGCUUCAAAACUUUAUCAAGAGUAAACGAAACUUCUUUCUUUGAGCAAACCAACACAGUCAAUUUAGCUUUAGCUAAAUAA